UGUUAAAAACAGUGAAUGUGUUGGCUACCAAAUUGUUAACUUUAUGCGAGCAAUUGUUGAAUUUUUCGCUGAUAAAUUGAUUUAAUCCGUUUACACUACUGGAACGCUUGAUAAUCGACCGAUAAUUCAUAUUUUAUGGCCCAUAAAUUAUUUAAAUCGUGGUUUUGAAAUUGACACUUUACAAAAAAGCUUGUUUCACAAAGUUUUAUCAAUUUAUGCUUACUAAUUAACGCUCAAAAUAAUUACAAUCGCUUCGGGUAUAAAGUCGAGCACGCGUUUUUUAUUUCGAGCAUGAAUUCAGCAAAAUCAAAAAAACCGCGACUUCAUGGUGGAUCGCGAAUUUCCGAAGCGCGUUUGACAGGGUCAAAUCCGUUCCUGGACCUUAUCAAGAAUAUCGAGGUCAAUGGCAAACCUCGUCGUUACUUUGACAUCUCAAGUUUUGGUGAAGAAUACGAGCAAUUGCCAUUUUCCAUCAGAGUUCUUCUGGAAAGUGCUGUGAGGAACUGUGAUGAUUUUCAAGUCAAGCAAACAGACGUCACAAAAAUUUUAGAAUGGCAAAAAAAUCAGGCCGUCGAAGGUGGAGUCGAAGUUGCCUUCAAGCCUGCCAGAGUUAUUCUUCAGGAUUUUACUGGGGUACCAGCGGUAGUGGAUUUUGCAGCAAUGCGAGAUGCUGUGAAGAGUCUUGGAGGCGAUCCACACAAAAUCAAUCCUGUAUGUCCGUCUGAUCUAGUCAUUGAUCAUUCUGUUCAAGUAGAUUACAUUAGAAGCGGAGAUGCACUGAAGAAGAACGAAGAACUCGAAUUUGAACGUAACAAGGAAAGAUUUAUGUUUCUCAAAUGGGGGGCAAAAGCUUUUGAGAAUAUGUUGAUUGUACCUCCCGGAAGUGGAAUCGUUCAUCAAGUAAAUCUCGAGUAUCUGGCAAGAGUAGUGUUCGACAGCAACGAGUUUCUUUAUCCAGACAGCGUUGUUGGUACGGAUUCGCAUACGACAAUGAUAAACGGUUUAGGAAUUCUUGGUUGGGGUGUUGGUGGUAUCGAGGCUGAGGCUGUUAUGCUGGGUCAAGCGAUAUCGAUGCUUCUGCCGAAAGUCGUCGGCUACAAACUAGUGGGAAAAAUGAAUCAAUACGUCACAUCGACCGAUCUCGUACUCACUGUCACAAAGAAUCUUAGACAAUUGGGCGUUGUGGGAAAAUUCGUCGAAUUUUAUGGACCUGGUGUGGCCGAACUAAGCAUCGCUGAUCGUGCCACGAUUUCAAAUAUGUGCCCCGAAUAUGGCGCUACCGUUGGCUUCUUUCCCGUUGAUCAACAGAGUUUGGUGUACCUGAGGCAAACGAAUCGUUCGGAAGAGCAAAUCGAGCGGAUCGAGAAAUAUUUGGAAGCAGUAAAAAUGCUUCGGGAUUACAAUAACCCGGCGCAGGAUCCAAUAUUUUCGGAAACGGUGACGCUGGAUUUAUCGACGGUAGUUUCGAGCGUGAGCGGACCGAAGCGGCCGCACGAUCGAGUAUCCGUAACGGACAUGAAGACGGAUUUCAACAAUUGUUUAACGAACAAAGUAGGAUUCAAGGGCUUUGGGUUGUCGUCCGAAAAGCUGAAAGCCGAAGGCACUUUUCUCUACGAAGGAAAGGACUAUAAACUGAGGCAUGGCUCCGUCGUGAUCGCGGCAAUAACCAGCUGCACGAAUACGAGCAACCCAAGCGUCAUGCUCGGUGCAGGAUUGCUCGCUAAAAAAGCUGUCGAAGCGGGUCUCACGGUUGCGCCUUAUAUAAAAACUUCUCUUUCCCCCGGCUCUGGAGUUGUUACAUAUUAUCUCAAAGAAAGUGGAGUUAUUCCGUUUUUGACGCAACUUGGUUUCGACGUCGUUGGUUACGGUUGUAUGACUUGCAUCGGUAACAGCGGUCCUCUUCAAGACUCCAUGGUCGAAGCUAUCGAAAAGAAUGAACUCGUCUGCUGCGGUGUUCUCUCCGGAAAUCGUAACUUCGAGGGCCGAAUCCAUCCCAACACUCGUGCCAAUUAUUUGGCCUCGCCACUGUUGGUCAUCGCUUAUGCUAUCGCCGGAACUGUCGACAUCGAUUUCGAAAAAGAACCACUCGGCCACAAACUCGAUGGGCGAGCGGUAUUUCUGCGUGACCUCUGGCCAACGCGAGCGGAGAUUCAGGCUAUCGAACAAAAACAUGUUAUCCCGGCCAUGUUUCGACAAGUUUAUAGCAAAAUCGAAAAAGGCAGCAGCAGCUGGUCGAGCCUGAACGCUCCGGAUGGCAAACUUUACCCAUGGGAUCAGUCUUCCACUUACAUCAAAAAUCCACCCUAUUUCGAAGGCCUUCAAAAAGAAUUACCGGAAAUCAAACCAAUUGUAGGAGCUCAUGCGUUGCUAAACCUCGGAGACUCCGUUACAACGGACCAUAUAAGCCCAGCGGGAAGCAUAGCUCGUAAUUCCCCCGCAGCGCGAUACCUCUCGAAGCGAGGACUUACACCGAAAGAAUUCAAUUCUUAUGGGUCUCGACGUGGCAAUGACGCAGUUAUGGCGCGAGGCACUUUCGCUAAUAUUCGACUCGUUAACAAAUUCAUCGGGAAACCGGGCCCUCGAACGAUACACAUUCCAAGUAAAGAAGAGAUGGACGUUUUCGACGCUGCUGAAAAGUACAAGGCAGAAGGUACACAAUUAAUAGCUUUAGUAGGAAAAGAUUAUGGCGCAGGCUCUUCGAGGGAUUGGGCAGCAAAGGGUCCUUUUAUUCUGGGAAUACGAGCUGUUAUUGCCGAGUCGUACGAAAGAAUUCACAGGUCGAAUUUGGUUGGUAUGGGGAUUGUUCCGCUUCAAUAUAUGCCUAACGAAAAUGCAGAGAGCCUUGGACUGACCGGUUUCGAAAAGUUCAACAUAAAUAUACCGGAGGAUUGUCAGCCGCUUCAAAAAAUUGGAGUGACAACGGACGAUGGCAAAAAAUUCGAAGUUAUUGUUCGUUUCGAUACCGAAGUCGAUUUGACUUACUUCAAACACGGCGGUAUCCUGAACUACAUGAUAAGAACGAUGAUCUGAGUUUUAUGCGGUCAAAGGCGAAAGAAAACUUAUGUAAAGACUGCCUUGCAGUUGUGUAAGAGCAUUUAAGGAAUUUCUAUCGACGACACACAGACGUGCGAAAAUCGAGAGAAACAAACAAAAAUUGAUUUUUACGAGAGAGACGAAAAAUCAUGAUCAAAAUAUUAAAGCUUUAUUAGAGGUGGAAAUGUUAUUUUUGUUUUUAUGGCAUAAAAUGGGUUCUUUCAUGAUGGUUUUAUCAUCUUGUACUUUAAAUGUACAAAGAAACGAAAAUGCGCGUCAGCCAUACGCAUUUUCAAAGAAAAAUAUAUAUACAUAAAUAUCUCUAUAUCUUUA